CAAUCCUAUUAUUUAAUCUUUAUCAGAUCCAUUUCCGCCUUCCUCUAAACCCUAACCCUAAAAUUCCAACAUUGCUUUUCCCUGCUGCCAUUUGUAAUGGAAUUCAGUUGCUAGCUUCCGAGGACGUUUGGAGUUAGACAAUGUGUUGAUUGAGAAGCAGGAAUCUUUUCAUCAAUGGCAGAAUCCGCUGUUUCAUCGCAACUUAUCAAGUUGCAUGUGCAGCGAAAAGUUUCCAUAGGGAGACGCUCUGUGAUCCGGGAUUCGCAUUUUCGAACAUCAUACAGGAAGUGUUAUUUUGAAAGCUGUAAAGUUUUCCGCUUACCAGCAUUGGAAAUGCGCAAGGCUGGCAGUCCUCGAUUCUCAACUUUGAUGGUAAGUCCUUGCGCCAGGGACACCUCUUUGAGAUCUAGUUGCUUGGGGUCUUUGGUAAGCUCUGAUGGUGUAACAGCCUCUGAUUUGAUACUGGUUGGUGAUCAAGUACUUUUGAUGGCCAGUAUAUUUCUUACAUAUCUGGCUGGAGUAGUUCCAGUUCAGAAGUCUCGUUCAACAUUCCAAAACAAUACAGCUCAGAACAAUGCUGUUCCUGAAAGCUCGAGCUCCCCUGGUAGAGCCAGGGAGAAUGGUGGCAUUGCUAAUUUAACACAUGCCUGGGAUGUAGUAAGAGAAAAGCUUUUGGAUUCUCUUGAUGCCAUUGAAAAUGGGAGUGGUUUUGAAAGUGGAGCCUUUGAAUACAAUCAACACCAUGCUAAGCAACCAUUAAGUUUGUACGCCAUAUCUGAGGGUCCCAAGAUUAGAUUGCUUUGGGCUUCUUUUCAGCAACUUGAGGAAGAGGUCAAUAAUAUUUUUUGUUCAUCUCAAACUGUUGAUAUGGAUUGGGUGGUAGCCUUUUCUGAAGUCAUUCAAAAAUCUUAUCGGCCAGUAUGUGUUGCUUGGCUGGAAAAGGAACUUUGCCUAGAAAACAAGGCACUUGUUUCUUUGAUGAUUGAAAAGUUAAAUGGAGAUGACACUGUUUUACGGAGCUUCCAAAAGUCAGGGAAAGAAAGUCUUUAUGCUGAAUUGUUAUACUUUCUGAGAUAUGGCUCUCUCAGGAGCAAUUGCUGCUAUGACCAGAGCUUGUUUACUUUACAUGGGAAUUCCAUAUUGGAAGAUUUGGUGAUAACAUUAGCAGAUGGGAUAGCAAGUAUUUGUUUAGAGCUUAUGUCUGUUGACAGCAAUUUAUCAGAUGAAAUCAAUAGCCUAGCUUUGACUAUCUGCAAUUUGUCAACCCGUGCACUCCAAAGGUUGCGUAAUGAGGUCUGAAUCUCCUUUCAGAAUUUAACUGAAUUAAAUUUGGUCUUAGUUAUAAAAUUGUUCAAUGGUUGAGCAUGCCCUGUAUCUUUAGUAUGCAACUUUAACACUUCAUUUUUGUAGCUCUGUUGUGACCGAGAAAAAUUGACCAUAAUGCCUUCUUCAAGUUUCUAUAUUUUCAUAGAAGAGUAGGUAGUGAACUGCAUCCAAUCUACAUCCAAUCUAACCUCUAUGUAUCUGGAGUCUUGGCUGAAGUUGAUCAACAUUUUUAGAACAUGUUUUCUUUACAGGUUGCUCUAAACCAGUGGCUGUAUCAAAAUAUGGAGGCAAUUGUUUCAAUGUAUGAGGAUCGCUUUGACCUCUGUGUGCUUGAGAAUCAAGUUAUUGAAGCUAAAAGUAGUGAUGAUGCUGAAAGUUAUAGGUGGUGGAAGAAUCUUAUGCUAAAAAGAUCUGAAAGCACGUCAUCUUCAUUACGUAAAGUUUCUAUAAGCCGUUUUUCUAUAACUGUAAAGCGGACCAAGGAAUUAAGGGCCUUAACAGGGUGGAGGUACUAUUUCAGCUUGUUGAUAGAGUUUGCUGACAUUACUAUGCCAAUAGUUAGAGCUAUUAUUGACAAAGUCAGCAAUGCUAUCUCUUUCUUUCUAGUUUGCUUGAUUGGGAGGUCAUUAGGACUAAUCUAUACAGGAAUUAGGCAGUCCCUACGAUGGAAGUGAGAUGUAAAUAGUACAUUUUUGUUGUUUAACCACAGUUUCUUUUUUAAAUGCAACAGUGCAUUCUUUUUCUUCUUUUAGUGUUUUGAGACCGUAGGUCCAUAGGAAUGUGAUCUAUGAACAGUCGUGCUGAAUCCUCGAUUGUUUUGCCUCAGCUGUUAUAUACUGCUCAAAAUUAAUUGAUCUACAAAUC